AAUCAUCAGCGAGAAAAUUCCGAUGUCUAUAUUUGUAAAGAUUUAUUAGUGAUAAGCGGCAAGGUCACCACUUACUAGAGUAUAUUUGCAUACGUAAAAGCCCGCGCGCUCUCAAAGAGUGGCUGUACUGUGGUGCGAUCAGAGGUUGACGGCUUUUGGCUUCGGCGAAGCUCAGCGGCUUGGCUGCUCAUCUUCUUGACAUUUACCGAUACGAUGUCGUCGUAGCCCAUGAAAGUGAACAGCUCAAGAAGCGAAAACUAUGGAUUUUUCGAGAUUUGCUCAUUAUGCAGUACUUGUGGUAGUUUUGUCGACUUGUGUACAACUCGCCCACGGCAAUGGCUGUCAUCCUUCUGAGUUCCGCUGUAAUGAUGGAAGCUGUAUAGAUAAGUCAUGGAAAUGUGACGAGGAGCCUGACUGUCCUGAUGGCAGCGACGAAGCAAAUUGUGGUUUAGUGACUUGUUCGUCACUACAGUUUGCAUGUAAUAAUAGGUGUAUACCUAAAACAUGGCAGUGUGACGACGACAUUGACUGUCUUGGUGGUGAAGACGAAAAAGAUUGUUGGGAAGGAGCAACAUGCUCCAGUUCCCAAUUCCAAUGUGCCGAUAAAACUCGCUGUAUACCUACACGCUGGCAAUGUGAUGGUGACGAGGAGUGCGAUGAUGGCAGUGAUGAGGUGGAUUGUGCAAAUCAUACUUGUGCCAGCCAUGACUUCAGCUGCGAGAAUGGAAAGGUCUGUAUCCCUAAGGAGUGGAGAUGUGAUAAGGAUGAUGACUGUGGGGACAUGUCAGAUGAGCGCGGCUGUGAACCUACACAAAAUGUUUGUGAUGAGGCAACUGAGUUCAGAUGUUCUGAUGGAAAAUGUAUAAAUAUCAAUUGGAAAUGUGAUGGGGAUAGGGACUGUAAUGAUAAUUCUGAUGAACAAAACUGCGGUCCUGUGACGUGUUCAUCAAACCAGUGGCAGUGUAUUGGAACAUCUCACUGUUUGGACUUUGCUCAAGUGUGUGAUGGAAAUGAUGACUGCGGUGACAAUUCUGACGAAGGGCCACAUUGCCUAAGCGAGAACUGCUUGAAGCUGAAAAACUGCAGCCAGAUCUGUAAGCAAACUCGAAUUGGAGCCGAGUGCUUCUGCAGACCUGGUUAUAGUCUUUAUUCUGAUGGGAUUUCAUGCAACGAUAUGGAUGAAUGUUUGGUUCAUGGAGUAUGUGAUCAUAAAUGCAUCAACACUGUGGGGUCUUACAAGUGCUCCUGUUUGGAUGGUUACGUUUAUGAACCACCACGAACCUGUCGCCCACGAGGUGAAGAAGAGGCGUGGCUAUUAUUAGCGAACAGGAAAAGCAUUCGCCAAGUUAGUUUGAAUGGAAGAAAUUACAAGGACGUUUUCUCAAACUUAAGCCGGACAGUGGCCAUUGAUUUUGACGUUGAGAAAGGAAAUCUUUACUGGUCAGAUGUAAAAGACAGUGCCAUCUACAGAGCAAAUAUUGUGUUUCAUCAAGAUGGUGAACACCUAGGAGAGGUAGAAGCUGUGGUCAAAGAUGGUUUAGCUGAUUCGAAUGGAAUUGCUGUGGAUUGGGUGGCGAAGAAUUUGUAUUUUGUCGAUAGCUCUGCGAAAAGGAUCUUUGUCUGCAGAUUGAAUGGGAGUUACCUGUUAUCGCUCAUAACUACUGAUCUUGCAAGCCCAAGAGGCAUUGCUGUUGAUCCCAGGGAUGGUUACCUGUUCUGGACUGACUGGGGUAACCACGUGAUUGAGAGAGCCGGAAUGGAUGGAACAAACCGCAAGACCGUUGCCAACACGGCUGUUUAUUGGCCCAAUGCCCUGACCUUGGAUUACCCUACCCGUCAAGUUUAUUGGGCAGAUGCCCACCUUGACUACAUUGGAGCCAUGAGCUAUGAUGGUAAAGGCAGGAGAAGGGUUGUCGGUUAUCCAAAUGUUGCACAUCCAUUUGCCAUCACCGUGUUUCGAAAUUAUCUUUACUUCUCAGACUGGACGAGGCAUGCAGUUGUGAAAGUGGAGAAGUUCUCUGGCAAUGACAGUACAGUUUUCUUAGCGAAUCUCAGACAACCGAUGGAUGUCCAUGUGUAUCACAGCGCCAGGCAGCCACCUGCUGCAAAUCCGUGUCAAGAUGGCAAGUGUGAUUGCGAACAGCUUUGUCUUAUCACACCAGUUCCAAAGAGAGAAUGUAUAUGCAAGUGUAGAACAGGAUAUCAGUUAGCAGAUGACGGCAGGUCGUGCAAGAAGUUGGAGACCUUUCUGAUCUUCGUGCGUAGAACAGAAAUUGCUGGUAUACCCAAAGAGGUGAAUUCAUCUGGUGAUGCCAUUCUUCCACCGCUUGGGCUGGGACAUGCUGUAGCCAUUGACUAUGAUGUCAAGGAACAGAUGAUAUACUUCUCAGAUAAUAGACGAGACAACAUUAGCAGAGUCGGUCGUUUUGAUAGAAAGGGGGAGGUUUUGGUCAAAUCGGUGACGAGUGUGAGUGGCAUGGCAGUGGAUUGGCUCGGUCGAAACUUGUAUUGGACAAACGUAGAUAAACGUGAGGUGGGAGUAGCGAAGUUGAAUGGAUCUUUCAAGAAAGUGUUAUUUCAUGAAGGUGUGGCGAGACCUUUGGCUAUUGUGGUACAUCCCCUGGACGGGCGAAUGUAUUGGAGCGACUGGAUUACUCCAGCCAAGAUAGAAGUAGCCAACAUGGAUGGCACGGGACGUCAAAUCUUUGUACAAGGUGGGGGUUUAGCUUGGCCCAAUAGCCUCAGCGUCGAUCACGCCUCAAGGAAACUCUACUGGUCAGAUGGUAGGACUGACACCAUUGAAUGCGUGAAUCUUGAUGGCUCUGACCGUAAGAUGGUACUUCGGACCACGGGUCAUCCUCUUGGUCUUGACGUUCACAAUGGAUUCGUCUACUGGACUGAUUGGAACAGUAUACGAAGUGCAAAGAUCGGGAACCCAUCUUCUGAGGCAGUACUAAGGUCAGGCCUGGAGGGUCUGUUGGAAAUCAGAGUUUAUGACUCUAUGAGACAAACAGGCAGUAGUCCCUGUAGCAUUGGCUCUGAUGGCUGUAGCCACUUGUGUCUGUUGCGUCCAGGAGGUUACACGUGCGCCUGUCCUUAUGGUAUGCAUUUGGAGUAUGGCAGUAACAAGACAUGUAUUGUCAGUGAAUCUAUUAGCCCUACACCUCAAUGCCCAGCAAAUAAAUUUGCUUGUCACGACGGGGCCUGCAUUCCCAACAACUGGAAAUGUGAUGGAGAGUUUGACUGCCUGGAUCACUCGGAUGAGACGCACUUUGCAGAGUGUCCUGGUGUAUCUUGCAAGGACAACCAAUUCCGCUGCUUGAAUAGCGGUAAAUGCAUCCCUGAAAACUGGUAUUGUGAUGGUGAUAACGACUGUGGAGCCGUAGAUCGCUCGGACGAGUCGAAUUGUUCACUGUCCGCCUGCACUAAGGGACAAUUCCGCUGUGGCAAUGGCAAAUGUGUUCCUGUUAGUUGGAGAUGUGAUGGGUUAAAUGAUUGUGUUGAUGGUUCGGACGAAAUGAAAUGUGAGAACCAAAGUUGUCCCGAGCAGGACUUUUCCUGCGCCUCUGGAGAAUGUGUGCCGUCCGAUUGGCGAUGUGACGGUGACGAUGACUGCGGUGAUAACUCGGAUGAACAGAGCUGUCCCCCUAGGCAGUGCACGCAGAGGGAAUUCCGAUGCCUGAAUGGCCAGUGCGUUUCUGGAAGCUGGCGAUGCGACGGGGCUAAUGAUUGCCAAGAUGGAACUGAUGAGGCAGGAUGCCCUACUGUGGAACCCAAUGGCUGUGGUGCAGACAAGUUCUUGUGCGACAAUUCCCAGUGCAUCCCCAAACGAUAUGUGUGUGAUCUUGACGACGACUGUGGUGAUGACUCAGACGAACUCUCAAACUGCUCGAUAUCAACUUGUGCUCCUGACGAGCUCACUUGCAACAAUCAGCGAUGUGUCAGGAGGGACUGGGUCUGUGAUGGGGAAAACGAUUGCGGUGAUAUGACUGAUGAGCAUGACUGCCCUGUGACUCCUACACCGUGCAGCCCUUCUCAGAGACAAUGUUUGAAUUCGUCAGUGUGUUUGGACGAGAAGAAGUUUUGUGAUGGGCGAGAAGACUGCCCGGAUGGCAGUGACGAGGAAGUAGGGUGUGUGCUUACUGGAUGUCAAGAAGAAAACGGAGGCUGUUCCCAAGUCUGCAACCAUCUCCCAGAAGGCAUCUUCUGUUCGUGUCAUGAGGGAUUUUCUUUGGACGAUGAUGAUGUGACGUGUCUUGAUGUUGACGAGUGUGACAACCCCAGCUCGUGUAGCCAACAGUGCUUCAAUGACAGAGGAUCAUUUUGGUGUAAAUGUGUGGAAGGCUAUAAGCUAGGGAGUGACUUGAAACGAUGUAAAGCUGACGAUAACAUCCCGCCAUACCUUUACUUUUCAACUCGGCGUCAAGUAAGGAAGAUCGAUGUUCGUCACGGAUCAAGCUAUCUUACGGUGCUGGAUGGUCUGUCAAACACAAUCGGUUUGGACUUUGACUGGUCAGAGCAGCGUUUAUACUUUUCGGAUGUCACUAAAGAUAAAAUAAUACGAUGCUAUCUCAAUGGCAGUGAAUGCGAGGAUGUGAUAACAACUGGACUUUCGAUGACAGAAGGGCUUGCUGUUGACUGGAUUGGACGCCAUUUGUACUGGACUGAUAUGCACACCCAUCAAAUUGAGGUUUCUGAUUUAGAAGGCAAAUGGCGUAUGGUGUUGAUUUCUGAUGACCUCAAAUCCCCUCGUGGAAUUGCAGUUGACCCAAGGGAUGGGCUUCUUUUCUGGUCUGACUGGGGUUCUGCCAAGUCCAGGAUAGAGAGAGCGAACAUGGAUGGAAGUUUUCGACAAGUUAUCGUUAGCACAUCCAUUGAGUGGCCAAAUGGCAUCACAAUUGACGUUGCUAACAGGCGACUCUACUGGAUCGAUGCAAGGCUGGAUUACAUCGCCUUUUGUAGCUACAACGGAUCUCAGCGUUACACAGUGCUUCGAGAUGCAGGAAAAAUUCGUCAUCCGUUUUCCAUUGCCUUGUUUGAGGACGCGUUAUACUGGUCGGACUGGAGUGAUAAACAGGUCAAACAGGGAAAUAAGUUCCAUGGGGGUAAUACUACGUUAAUUCACGCUGCUGGGUUUCGUCCUAUGGACCUACACGUGGUCCAUCCUCUUCAACAGCCACAAGGUGUAAAUUACUGUUUGAACAACACUUGUUCACACCUAUGUCUCCUGAAGCCGUUGGGGUAUAGUUGUCACUGUCCUGUGGGUAUGGUGCUACAGGACGACAACGUCACGUGCCUUGAGGAAGUGUUCCUACUCUAUGUCAAGACGAACAGAAUAAGUGGAAUAUCCCUGAAGCCGAGUAUCACCAAGGACCAGAUGUUACCUGUGCGACAGUUAAAGACGGCUGUCGGAGUUGACUUCAGCGUAGAAGAACAGUAUGUGUUCUGGAGCGACAUCAGUGCUGAUUCUAUCUCUAGGGUGUUUGUGAAUGGCUCAGGCCGGGAAACAAUUAUCGAUGGUUUUGGUCAAACAGAAGGCAUAGCAUAUGACUGGACAGCAAAAAAUAUAUUCUGGACUGAUCAAGGAAAGAAAGCUAUUGGAGUAGCUCGACAGGAUGGCAGUUACCAAAAGAUUCUGCUCUCCUCAGGUCUGGCAAAGCCCAGGGCGAUUGUGGUGCAUCCUUCGAUGGGUCUGCUUUUCUGGACCGACUGGGAUGACAAAGACCCCAGGAUUGAGCGAGCUUUCAUGGAUGGCUCAAAGAGAACCCGUCUGAAGAAUUCUGGUCUCAAAUACCCUAACGGACUUGCUAUAGAUUUUAGCUCCAAUCGGCUAUACUGGUGUGAUGCUGGAAAAGACAAUACCAAUAUUGGGUCCAUUUCGUUCGAUGGAACAUCAACCAAAAUUCACUAUGCGAAUUUACACCAGCCAUUUGGAUUGGUUAUUUACAAGGAUGAGAUUUUCUGGACCGACUGGCAGAAACAAAGCAUCUAUCGAGGUCCUAAGAAUAGCAGAAGGAAGACUGUGCUGAAGAAAGAUACGGAACGUGGGUAUGGUGUGCGCGUAUUCGCCAAAGAAAACCAACCAGGUACAAGUGGUUGUUCUGUGAACAAUGGUAACUGCACCCAGCUGUGUCUACCAAUUGAAUCAAUGGAAGUUACCUGUGCAUGCGCGGUAGGAUAUGCAUUGGCUGCUGAUGGUAAAACAUGUGAGAGUGUGGAUACCUUUUUAAUUUUCUCGACCUCAACAGAGAUCCAAGGUGCUCCUCUUGACCCAAAGAGUGAAACAGAAGUCAUGCAGCCGUUAGGAGUCCUGCGGAACUGUUUCGCGAUAGACUUUCAUUUCAACUCCAGUAUGAUUUUUUAUGCCGACGAUCGCACGAAUACAAUUGGUCAAGUAUCGCGUGUUGGGACAUUCAAAAAGGACAUAAUUAAUAGUGGACUUCGAAGACCUCAAGGCCUUGCGGUUGACUGGGUAGCUGGAAACAUGUUUUGGACAGAUUCUGGCAAUAAUGUCGUCGAGGUCAGCAGACUGGAUGGUACAUUCAGAACAGUGGUUAUCUCUUCAGACUACACCACUAAACCCAGGGCGAUUGCGGUAUACCCAGCGAAGGGGCUGCUAUUCUGGACAGACCAUGACGUUGUAGACAAGUUACAUAAGUCUGCAAUGGACGGUUCGGAUCGUCGGACGCUUCCAGCAAACAUGGGUAAAGGAAUCGUGGGAAUUACUAUUGACUACGAGGAAGAUAAGGUGUACUACGUGGAGGAUUUCCUCAACGCUGUGUGGCGAAUGGAUCUUGAUGGUGGUAAUAUUGCCCCUGUUAUUGGCUCCUCUAUGGAUCAGCCAUAUGGUAUAACCGUACAUGACCAGUUUGUAUACUGGACGAACUGGAAGCGUAAGUCGGUCUUCAGAGCCAACAAGCAUAAUGCUACAGAAGCCACGGUUACGAGAUCGCAGCUGAAUGGCUUAAGAGACGUGCGCGUGUUCUCACCGAAGCGGCAAUCACCUGGAGGCCCAUGCGCGAAUAAUGGUGGCUGUGCAGAGCUAUGCUUAGCUGUGUCUUCGUCUCGAAAAAGUGGAAGAAGGAAAAUUGAGUUCAAAGCUGCUAGUCCUCUAAGCAGGCCGCCAAGUUAUUCCACAAUUUCGCGUAGACGAAGCAACAUUGUCGCUUUCGACUUUGACUACGAUUCAAACCUUAUUUACUUUGCUGAUGCAAGCAGGAAAGAUAUCAAAGCGCUGUUUCUGAAUGGCACUGGCGUGCAGGUUGUUUUAAAAGACGUAACUACAAAAGCUAUUGCAUUGGACUGGAUCACCAAAGUACUUUAUUGGAUAGAGGACAGCAACAAACACAUCGUAAAGGCGCACGUCAAUUCCUCAAAUCGAAAGAUCGUUGUGGCCAACGCUGGUGUGACAUUAUUUCCGUUGAUGGUCCUACCCUGUCAAAGGCUUUUGGUUUGGAGUGCCGCUUCAGAGAUAAAAUCUGCGAACACGGAUGGAACUAACGUACAGACUCUUGUCAACUCUCCCACCAAACCAAGAACUUCAAUGACAUUUGAUUACUCACAAGAGAGACUGUUCUGGGUUGACACGUCCUCCGUUGUGAACAGUGUGUUUCUGAAUGGAACGAGUCGUCGUCGGGAAUUUCCUUUAUCUCCACAUGCCUUGUUCUUGGGUGUCCAUGGAGAAUUCUUGUAUUGGGUUGACGAAAUGAGAUCUUUGAAGCGCGCUGACAAGUAUACCGCGGGAGAGUCUUUUGUUUUAGCUACAUUGAGCUUUUCGCCGACGGGGAUGCUAUUGUUUGCUAAAGAGCGGCAGAAUUGCACUGUCAACCCGUGUUUAAAUGGUGGAGGCUGUUCGCAUACCUGCACCGUUGAAAAGGGACAGCGUGUUUGUUCCUGCCCUGAAGGACUAAUACUGAAAGAAGGAUUCCAGUGUGUUAACAUAUCAGUCGUGUGUAGAGGGAGACAUUUUGCUUGUUCAAAUGGAAAGUGUCUGCUUGACUCAUUGGUCUGCAACAUGAAGGAUGACUGUGGUGAUGGCUCCGAUGAGCUUUCUGUGUUGUGCGCUCAGAGACAGUGCAGGUCAAACGAAUUCAGGUGCACAAGUGGACAGUGUGUUCUUUCCGCUUGGAAAUGUGACUUUGAACGUGAUUGUACCGACGGCAGCGACGAGAAAAACUGCCCUAAAAAGGAAUGCGCCACGCAUAGGUUUACAUGUGCAAACGGCCACUGUAUAAACUUUGAUUGGAAAUGCGACGGUGACAACGAUUGUGGAGAUUUCUCGGAUGAAACCGGCUGCCCUCCUGUUACAUGUCCACCGGGAAAGGCCAAAUGCGGGAACGCCAAUGUGUGUAUAGACUCGUCUUGGCUGUGUGACGGGGAUUAUGAUUGUGAAAAUCAUUGGGAUGAGAGUGAAGUGGUCUGCAACAACAAAACCUGUGGAGUGGGUAGUUUCCGUUGAACCUCAGGCCAUUGUAUCUCCAAACGGUGGCAGUGCGAUGGCGAAGAUGACUGCGGUGAUGGAAGCGAUGAAGGACUGUGUAAGAAGAACAAUCAGACUUGUCAAAGUCAGCAGUUUACAUGCCGUAAUGGUCGUUGUGUCACCAUGAAAUUUGUGUGCGAUGGGGAAGAUGAUUGUGAAGACGGCUCAGAUGAAUCCACUGACGACUUGCACUGUGAUGAUCAUACUUGUGACCCGACUGAGUUCAAGUGUGAGAACACCUCCAGAUGUGUGAUGAUGUCAUACGUUUGUGAUGGCGAUAACGACUGUGGCGAUGCGUCUGAUGAACAUCCAAACGAGGGUUGUGUCCCAAGGAAUUGUAAGCCAAGUCAGUUCAGAUGUAAAAACGCUGUAUGUGUACAGAAAGCCUGGUUAUGCGAUGGCGAGAAUGACUGUGGUGACAAUUCAGACGAAGAAAACUGCCAAAAUCACACAUGCAAUGAGAAACAGUUCACUUGUAAGAAUGGAUAUUGCGUCUCUAGUAGCUACGUUUGCGAUGGGGAUCGUGACUGCUCGGAUAACUCCGACGAAGACCCAAGGCUCUGUCGAACGACCGUGGCACGUUCGUGACCUGCUGGAUCGUUUAACUGCGGCGAAGGAGCUUGUAUUUUGAGGGCUAAAGUCUGCGACGGUCACGAGGAUUGUAAGAAUGGAGCUGACGAAUGGAGGUGUAAAGUAGGCGCGUGUCGUCGGCCGGAGCUGAACCGAUGUUCGCAGAUCUGUAACAGUACGUCCACUGGCUAUACUUGUGAUUGCAGACCUGGUUUUAAGCUUCAGUCAGAUGGAUCAUCUUGCGAAGAUAUCAACGAAUGUAACAAAUACGAGCUUAACCAGUGUAAUCACUUCUGUGUUAAUCUUAAAGGCCACUACAAAUGUGCUUGCGCCCGAGGGUAUUCACUGCACGGGUUGAGAACUUGUAAACGCGACGAUAUCGCGGUUAAACCGUACCUGGCGUUUUUACUGCGUCAUGAGAUUCGCAAACUUGCUGACGAAGGUUCCUGGGAGGGCGAGAUUUUACGCAAAGUUCAAAACGCAGUUGCCAUCGAUUUUGAUUGGUUGGAACAGCGGAUUUAUUGGACGGAAGGUCAGGCACCGCCGCGUCUGAAUCGCGCGUUCUUGAAUGGCACUGGCGCAGAAGUUGUCCUAGCAGUUGGAUUGUCGAACGUGGAAGGAUUAGCAGUGGACUGGGUCGGCAGAAAUGUGUACCUCAUGGAUCGAAUCCAGGACAAGAUAUUUGUGGCGACGCUGGAAGGGCGUUACAUGAAGUCCCUCGUGUCAGAGGGACUGCAGGAGCCAAGGGCAGUCGUGGUUGAUCCUAGUGACGGCUACUUGUAUUACAGUGACUGGGGGAAGAAACCGCAUAUCGGUAAAUGUGGAAUGGACGGCUCUGGCUGUCGGCGGCUGGUCACCAGCAAAUUUAUUGGUUGGCCCAACGGACUGACCCUCUGUCAUAUCACCAGGAGAUUAUUUUGGGUGGAUGCCAAGUUGGACAUGGUCGAGUCUUGUGAUCGAGACGGUGGAAAUCGUGUGCAGCUGUCUCGUUUGUACGCCCCGCAUCCGUUUUCUAUCAGCGUGUUUGAGGAUUUUGUUUACUGGACUGAUUGGAUGACUAUGGCCAUUCAUCGUGCGCAUCGGCUGACGGGAUUGCAGCACCCUGUACUGUUGAAUUCAUCUCACAGGCUUAUGGGUUUGAAAGUGAUUCAUCCCGUUCGGCAGCCUCCUCUUGCCAAUCCUUGUACAAACACAUCUUGCUCUGGCCUGUGUCUGUUGAAGCCGGGAGGAGGGUACAGCUGCGCAUGUCCGGAUAACUAUCAUUUGGCAAAUGAUGGUAAAACAUGUUUGGACAAUUGCACCAACAGUGACUUCAUUUGUGCAAACAACAUGUGCAUUCCACGGUUAUGGCGUUGUGACGGAGAUGAUGACUGUGGUGAUAACUCUGAUGAGCCCCCCUCCUGCCCACCGAGACAUUGCUCACCAGGGAUGUUUCAAUGUGAUAACGCGACCUGUGUUUCAGUCAUUGCCCUCUGCGAUGGUCACAAGGAUUGCCUAAACGGUGCUGAUGAAGAAUCAUGUGCAGUACGACAGUGUCUCCCUUUCCAGUUUAGAUGCGCAAACAAUAAAUGUGUAUUCCUAACACAAGUUUGUGACAAUCACAAUGACUGCGGUGAUAAUUCUGACGAGGCGCACUGCAAAUCAACCACUUGUGCUGGCGACCGCCAUACCUGUCCCAGCGGUCGCUGUAUUAGCCGCCAGUGGCUCUGUGAUGGUGACAAUGAUUGUGGCGACGAAAGUGAUGAGUCUCAAGAGAUUUGCUACAAUCAUACUUGAGAUCCUUUGUCACGUUUUCAGUGUAACGCGUCUCGUAAAUGUAUCCCGAAGCUGUGGACUUGUGACGGAGAUGCCGAUUGCAGCGAUGGUUCGGACGAAUCCAUAGAUGUUUGUGAGGGACAUUACUGCGAGGCUGGCUCUUUCCAGUGCCGCAAUAAACACUGUAUUUCCUAUGACUGGAGAUGUGAUGGUGAAAAGGACUGCAACGACGGAGCUGAUGAAGAAAACUGCCCCACGCGUACUUGUUCAAACACGGAGUUCAGGUGUAACUCCGGGCGUUGCAUCAACAAUGACUGGGUCUGUGAUGGUGAUGAUGACUGUAACGAUGCGUCAGACGAGCGUGACUGUUCUGGAAGAUCGUGCCGAGGCGGCCAACUCUCCUGUAGCAAUGGUGAUUGUAUUAUGAAAGAGUGGAAGUGUGAUGGUCAGAGGGACUGCGAUGAUGCAUCAGAUGAACGGGGUUGCCCAGCGCGUUACCCAGGUGGUCGACAUUGCCCUAUGCAAACGUUUACCUGUGAUAACAUGGUAUGCGUGCACAAGACGUGGGUUUGUGACGGCGAGGAUGACUGUGGAGAUGGGAGUGACGAGGCAGAGCAGCUCUGUCUUGCUCACAGUUGUCUGCACACACAGUUUCGCUGCGAAAACAACGUCUGCAUUUCUAAAUGGCAAGUUUGUGAUGGCCUGACUCAGUGUCGUGACGGAUCUGAUGAACGAUCGUGCACAGCGGUCACGGUUGGGUGUAACUCCACCCAGUUCAAAUGCGCUAACCGGAAGUGUAUUCCUAAUGGAUUUGUGUGUGAUAGUAAAGAUGACUGUGGUGAUGCGUCGGACGAGAAAUAUUGUGGUGGAAGACACAAAUCGUGUGGGGACACCAACGGCGGCUGUGAACAGAAUUGUACCUUGGUUGAUGGAGGGGUGGUGUGUUUCUGCUGGCACGGUUUUGAACUGUCCAUGGACACAAGGAAGUGUGUGGAUAUGGACGAGUGUCAGACAUUCGGCGCUUGCAGCCAACAGUGUUUGAACACGCGAGGAAGUUACAAGUGUCAGUGCGAUCAGGGCUAUGUCAGUGAUGGUGUGGACGGAAAGGAAUGUAAAGCUACAGGGAAACCUCCGUCUCUUCUUUUCCCAUCUGGUGGAGAUAUCCGGCAUAUGGGGCUUGAAGACACUAACAUGCGUCCUUACGGAACAAUAGCUUUCAGCCAGGGUUCCGUAGGAGCUAUGGCUGUGUGGUGGAAGGAACGGCUGGUGUAUUGGACCGACUUGAGAAAGGGCACAAUCAAACGGGCUAGAGUACCAGAAUUAAAUCAUCGAACAGCCCGCGCCGUCCCGCGUAAAACAAAGCAGGAAAUACAGGAUCUUUACGUUCCAGUGGGAAGGGCGGAAGGUUUAGCCGUGGACUGGUUAAGUGGGAAUAUCUAUUGGACUGACACUAAAAAACGCGUCAUAGAAGUGGCAUCAAAGGAUGGUUACUACAGAUACACUUUGUUCUCAGGACGCAUGAACAUGCCACAUGCCCUUGUUCUUGAUCCGCCUGCUGGGCGGAUGUAUUGGUCCGAAUUGGGUUAUAAGCCAGCCAUUUACACAGCGCUCAUGGAAGGAGGGAAUCGCAUAGUUCUUGUACAAGACAGAAUCAAAUGGCCAGUCGGGUUGGCCCUUGACGUUCCUGCAAAACGAAUCUACUGGUGUGACUCAAAAACAAGGCGUGUUGAAUCUGUUAACUUAGACGGACUUGACAGGAAACUUGUGAGAAGGUUUACAAGCAGUGAUAUACCCGUCACGAUUGCGUUACACGAGAAUUUUGUAUACGUCACGGUGCAAGCCGGUAAACUGUACAAGUUGAACAAGUUUGGCCAAGGUCCGCUGACAGUUUUGGUGCACGGGCUCAAGCGUCCAGUUGGAUUGGUGGUGUUGCAAAAACAGCAACAACAUGUACCAAGAGACUUCGUUAACAACUGUGCAGUCGGAAAGAACAAGUGCUCUCACCUUUGCCUGUCCAGUCGUCAGAAACCUGUUUGCGUGUGCCCCACAGGGGACCCAGGAAAAUCUGGUGAUUGUCAGACAGGAAUUAAACCACCCCGUCCUCCCCCAGUCUGUUGGCUCGGAUUGUGUGGAAAAGGAACUUGUGUUAAUAUAAGGAAUAAUGCCACUUGCCAAUGUCCAACCGGCUCGACUGGAUCACGCUGCGAGAUAAGUUUAACACCCACCAUGGCCCCACAGUUAUGUACACUGAAGUGUCUUAACGGAGGGAUUUGCGUCAUUGACGAAGGGAAACCAAUAUGCAAAUGCUUACCUCGAACAAUGGGCGAGUUAUGUGAGGUCACGUGUGCUCUGUUUAGCUGUAGUCACGGUGGAACCUGUAUAGUAGAAGACGGGCAUUUUGCUUGCAGAUGCCGGGAGGGGUAUCGUUACGUUGGAAACAAAAUUUGCGCGGUAGACCCAUGCGUUGAGGGGAAUGACGACAAAAAAUUGUGUGGUGAUCUAGAGUGUGUUGUCAAUAAUAGCACCAACGAAGCGAUGUGCCGAUGUGCGAAUGGAAUCUUGGCGAAAUCUUGCGGGAAGCCAAAAGUACUGGGGCGAGUUGAAAAUGUUGUGCCUGCACAGAUCAUUGUCCCGGUAGUGAUGGUCUCUUUGGUGCUCAUUGUAGUCCUUACUAUCUUCUUCUGCCUUCGCCGUGGCGCCGCAAAGAAGGCUGAAUACAGCGGCAUGGCUGUUCAAGUAGGGAAUCCAUCAUUCCUGUACGAAGAAAUGCUUCAUGACGAGAACAGCACUAAUCCUGACGUUGACGACGGACAAGAUAAAGGCACAACCUUUUCCAAUCCUGUGUACGAAUCUGUCUACCGCUCUGAGACGAGUUUGGGUUCUGAGGUGUUCCGCGAGAAAAAUUUGCCUAACGUGGAAUUCCGUAGGAGUAAAGCGGACUUUUCAAAUCCCGUAUACGAAGCGCUGUUAUCGCACAAUACGUCGCGAAAGCCUGGGUCAGUAUUCUGGGGAAGUGCUGAGAGUGUAAAUGGGGAGGCCUCGGGCGACCUAACCGAGCCGGACUGUUGAUGAAAUUACAAACAAGCCACUUGAUGCUUUGAUAAGACCACGCCCAUGAAAUUGAAAAGAAUAUGAAAAUGCAAACCAUGGAAAAGAAACUGGAAAUCUUAUGUCAAAACAGGAAAAAGAUUUUGGACUGAGAAUUGCUUUCGUUUUGGUUCUGUGAAUUUUUUUUCUGUUGAGUUAGGAAAAAAGUUUCCUUAAUGGCCACUUCGAGAUGAGAAUGGCAAAUCAUUUUGCUUCGCAUCUUCAUUGAAUUAAUUCGAAGUUGUCAAAAAUUACGUUCUUUAAGUUGGCAAUUUGCACAUGCUCAGUGAACGUAAAGGAAACGUUAUGCUCGCGAGUACUGCUGGGAUUGCUUUGAUAUUUUCUAAUAUGUAAUGCAACCAAACUUUCUUAGUGCGGCAGGUACAAAAAGCAGAUCACACGUCACAGGUCACAAUUGUAUAUUAUAUGUUCAUGUAUAUUAUAUGUUCAUGUAUAUUAUAUGUUCAUGUAUAUUAUAUGUUCAUGUAUAUUAUAUGUUCAUUUCUGACGACCGGAAGUGGAACACUAUAAUUCAAUGCCUUUACUCUAUCCGGCGUAUAACUCUUUAAUUGUGACCUGUGACCUGCUUUUUGUACCAGCCGUUCUUAGUGCCCAGUCUGCCUGAAGUUGUCAAAAUCUGAAUGAAAUUGUAAUAUUUCAGAACAAAUUACAUCUCAAGUUUUAAACUCUUAGUUACACCAGCAGUUUCAUCUAUUAAUAGAAGUGGUUUUUCAAGUAUAAGGUCUGGUAAAACAAUUUUUUAAUCGAAAUUGUUAUUGUAAUUUUAACGAUUGUAUUGUGCAAUGAACAAAUACUGCUUUUGUUAAAUUUGUUGCUGCUUUAUGCACUCUCUUCGAUUCAUAAGCCAGCUUUUUAAGAUUUAGUUCACAAAGCCUUGACCAAGUGGUUGAGGAAAGAUACCAAAGGUCAAAAAUUAGUUAUUACAAUUUAAAGGAAUCUUGGUGAAUUCUUUAAUUUGAAUUUGCAUUCACCAAGAAAUAUCUUUGCUCAUUGUGCAAAGAGAAAUUAGCGUUUAUUAUCAAGUUUAACCACAAGUACUAAGUUAUAUAAUAUUAUCAUGACAUAUUUAAAAUUGGUGUAAUUUUCCCUUGCAUUUUUUUGGCAGAAAAUUAUAAAAUAUAAUCUGUAUUUAUUGCACUCAUCUUUAAUGGCUUCAGUGUUUAAAUUAUGAAAUAUCCUGUAUUUUUGUAGUUGUAAGACAGUAUAUAUGAGGUGAAAUGUUCACUGUGCAGGUAACUCAACAGGGCAGUGAGAUAUAAAACAAUGUUGACUGA